AAAUUAACAAAUGAAAUAUACCAAAAGAGUGGUUGUUUUUUCGGUAAAUAAUUUUCCGUAAAUUGCAUGUUAAAUACUUAAUGGCUAAUGCUGAUAUUCACAAAUUGCUAAAUGGUGCUCGACAAAAUUCAUUAAUACACUAUACAGUGGCUGGAAGUCUAGUAAAUUGGAGUUGCGUCUGAGAAAAUUACCACUGUCAUCGCUUGUUCUUUAAAUACGCAGCUACCAUGGCCAUUGACAGUCAAUCAGAGGAUUCGUCAAUAGAUUCCACAAAAUUAGUCGAAAGUAGAUUGGACAAGAAGAAAAAGAAAAAAAAACACAAACACAAAAGUGAUCGUAAGCAUAAAAAAUCAAAAAGAGAGAAUGGCGAUUCUAAGUCAAAAGAUAAAAAGAAGUCUAAUGGGGACAGCGUCCAAAAUGGAAAACAGAAACGACCUCCAUCUCCUCUAUCACCCGACUCGAGUAAAAAGAAAAAAACUGACAAAACACCAGUAUCAGAAAUUGUAUUAGUAGAAGAAGAAAUGAACCUUGAGGAAUUGAUAAAACAAAAGGCAUUACUUCAAGCUAGACUGGGAGCUUACAUGUCAGAAUCGGACGAUGGGGAAAAAUCAGCUCAUAAAAAUAAAAAUAAUAUAAGGAAGUCAGUUGAAACUAUUAACUUGAUCGAUGAUGAUACAGACGAAGAAAAAAAAUUUAAAAAUUCUGAAAGAAUUGUUCUAAAACAAAGUCACGAAGUAAAAAAACCUACUAGAAACCAAAGUACAAGCAAAGACCAAAGUUAUUCAAAAUUAGAAAGAUCAAAAAAAGAAAGAGAAAAAGAGCGUGAAAGGGAAUAUGAUAGAACUCGAGAAAAAGAAAAGGACAAAGAAAGACAAAGAAAAGUCAAGCAGUUAGAAGAUGAUAAACGCCGUGAAAUACGACGCAAAGAAGACGAGAUUAAAAGGAGAGAAGACGAUCUAAGAAGGCGAGAACAAAGACGUAGAGAUGAAGAAUUGAAAGAAAUCGAAGAAGAAGCUAAGAGACGAACCGAAGAAGUCAGAAGAAGAGAAGAGCAAAUAAGACAUCAUGAAGAGCAAUUAAGACGUAGACGAGAUCGUAUCAAUAGCCCAAAUUCCAACAGAGAUCGUGCAAGAAGUCCACCUUUUUCUACUAGGAAUAGAGACAGAGAUCGUGAACGCGAUAGAGAUCGUGAUCGGGACCGUGACCGUGAUCGUGAACGUGAUAGGGAGAGGGAUAGAGACAGAGAUAGAGAUGCUAAUAAGAGGUACAACAGAAAGUAUGACAGAAGAUCUCACAGUAAAGAUCGACAUACUAGAUCUCACAGAGGAAAAGACCGAGGAGAUAAAUAUAAAGACAGUUUUUCGGAAGGACUCAAGCACGAAGACAAAUCAUCUUCUGAUUCUGAUAUUGAUGUAAAUAUAAACAUUGCUGAAGACGAAAAUGAAGAAGAAAUUAUAGAAAAAAGAAGAAAACAAAGAGAAGAACUAUUAAAAAGAUUGGGAGCCAACAAUAGUAAUUUACACAGUGAAGACUCGACAAAUCCUUCUCCUCACGGAAGUUAUGCUACAGAAACUUCCACUCAGCAUUCUCCCGAACCACAGUCUCCUAAGGAAAAUAAUAAUGAGGCUGUUCAUUCGGACUCUACACUCGAAAAAGAUACUGUUAAGUCAGACCAUGUCUUAAAUCCCGAUUUAGUAAAAGGCAAAUGGGACAUGUUUGCAGAAGCCGACUCAUUUCAUGCUACACAACAUACACCUCAACCAGACGGGUUAGCCAAUGGAAAUAAAAGUGUUCCCGAAAAUCCUUCUUUAACCGACAAUUGGGAUGACGCAGAAGGCUAUUAUAGAGUGAGAAUAGGUGAAACUAUGGAUUCGAGGUAUACCGUGUAUGGUUACACGGGUCAAGGGGUGUUUUCGAAUGUUGUUCGUGCAAGAGAUGCAGCCAGGGACAACCAAGACGUGGCAGUUAAGAUAAUACGAAACAAUGAAAUUAUGCACAAAACUGGCCUCAAAGAAUUAGAAAUACUGAAACGAUUAAACGACUCUGAUCCGGACGACAGAUAUCACUGUCUUCGUUUGUUUCGUCAUUUUUUUCACAAACAACAUUUGUGCAUGGUUUUUGAACCACUCAGUAUGAAUCUUAGAGAGGUUUUAAAAAAAUAUGGCAAAGAUAUAGGACUGCACGUCAAAGCUGUUCGUUCGUAUAGUCAGCAAUUGUUUUUAGCAUUAAAGUUAAUGAAAAAAUCCAAUAUUUUGCAUGCUGACAUCAAACCUGACAAUAUAUUGGUAAACGAAAGCAAGCUAGUCCUCAAGUUAUGCGAUUUUGGUUCAGCAUCGCAUGUCGCUGAUAAUGAAAUUACGCCGUAUUUGGUUAGCCGAUUCUAUCGCGCACCUGAAAUUAUUUUAGGCAUCCCUUAUGACUUUGGACUCGAUAUGUGGUCGGCAGGCUGUACAAUUUAUGAACUUUAUACGGGGAAAAUAUUAUUUCCUGGAAAAACCAAUAAUCAAAUGUUAAAAUUUUUUAUGGAUCUUAAAGGAAAAAUGGCUAACAAAACUGUUCGUAAAGGUGUGUUUAAAGAACAACAUUUUGAUAGUAAUUGCAAUUUUUUGUAUCAUGAAGUUGAUAAAGUAACUGAGCGUGAAAAAGUGAUAACCAUGUCUGCAAUAAAUCCUAGUCGCGAUCUACAUGCUGAACUGUUGGGUAACCAAAAGUUACCAGAGGACCAAAUACGUAAAGUGAGCCAGUUGAAAGACCUAUUGGACAAAAUAUUGACAUUGGACUCUUCAAAGCGCAUUGGAAUAUCCCAGGCUUUGGUACAUCCGUUCAUAUCGGAAAAAAUUUGAUCAGUGCGCAAAGUUUUUAUUAAGGCAGAUUUACAAAAAAAAAAACUGUUUUCUUUUGAUUCUCUGGAGUCAAAUAAAAUAUUAAUAAAUAAUUUUAUUAAGUAUAAAAUAAUAAUAAUUUUAGAACUUGCUAGAGAUUUCAUCAUAUAAAUUAUUUUUUACGUACAUUAUUUUGUAUACAGUUAUAAUUCUU